GUUCGACUACAUUUUUUGCUUUGUUUAGGUUGGCAGCUUUGAAUUUUCAUUUUUAUCACCAUCGCGGUGUAAAACGUCAAAAAGUUCUUUCUUGCUAAAAAUUCCGAGCAGACAAAAUGGGUUUCGCUGAUCUCUGGUAUUCGCAUCCCCGAAAAUACGGACAGGGCUCCCGAUUCUGUCGGGCCUGUUCCAACAACCACGGUAUGAUCCGCAAAUACGGCUUGAACAUUUGCCGUCAAUGUUUCAGGGAAUACGCCAAGGACAUCGGCUUCCGGAAGCUGGAUUAAAAUGCCCCGGAUGUUUCCUUUUGCGGUUCGUUUUAUUCAUCAUCUCUACGCAUCUGGAUUGAGGGAAUGACCAUUUUGUUGAUAUUCCGGUGGCCAUUUGGCGCCAUAGUUGAUGAAUAAAAAAAAUAACUGGCAAAUACUGUAA